ACCGAGCGCACCACCUCGAGCAGUGCUCAGGCUCCNCUCUUCACCGUCCACUCUCCCAAUGUCACAUACUCUGAUGAUGCGAUCCUCAGCAAGUAUGUCUACCGUCAGACCAAGGUGACCAAGUCAUCCAACGGUGGCUAUGUUGCUACACCCAAGGAGACCGUGUAUGACUUCAAGGUCGAACGCAAAGUCGGCAGAGUCGGCAUGAUGCUUGUCGGUUGNGGGAGGUAUGUAUAUCAUGACGUUGGAUUUAGAUCGAACAUUCGCUCAUCACAUCCAGGUAACAACGGAUCUACCGUGACUGCUGGUAUCAUUGCCAACCGUCAAGGUCUCUCGUGGGACACCCGUGAGGGCAAGCAGUCAGCAAACUACUACGGCUCUAUGGUCAUGUCGUCAACAGUCAAGCUCGGCACCGACUCGGACACUGGGAAGGAGAUAUAUGUUCCCUUCAACGAGCUUCUGCCCAUGGUCGAUCCCAAUGAGCUCGUCAUCGGUGGUUGGGAUAUCAGCGGCAUGAACAUCGCCGAGUCCAUGGACCGAGCUGGAGUCCUUGAGCCCACAUUGAAGCAAAUGGUUCGCAAGGAAAUGGCACAGAUGGUUCCCCUCCCCACAGACAAUCUCCUCCAGUCCAUCGCUUCAGGCCACCCCGAGAUUGCUCCCUCCACCAUCUUCGCAACCGCUUGUAUCCUAGAGAACGCACCCUUCAUCAACGGCUCGCCCCAAAACACCUUCGUUCCCGGUGUCAUUGCCUUGGCCGAGAAGCACUCUGCCUUCAUCGGCGGUGACGACUUCAAGUCCGGACAGACCAAGAUGAAGUCCGCCCUGGUCGACUUCCUCAUCAAUGCAGGCAUCAAAGUCAAGUCCUUAGCUUCUUACAACCAUCUCGGAAACAACGAUGGCAGAAAUCUUUCCGCACCUUCUCAAUUCAGGUCAAAGGAGAUUUCAAAGUCCAAUGUCGUGGAUGACAUGGUUGCUGCUAACCACAUUCUGUACGAGGAGGAUGAACACCCCGAUCACACCGUCGUCAUCAAGUAUAUGCCCAGCGUUGGAGACAAUAAGAGAGCUCUGGACGAGUACUACGCUGAGAUCUUCAUGGGAGGUCACCAAACCAUCAACAUGUUCAACAUUUGUGAAGACUCGCUCUUGGCCUCGCCGCUGAUCAUCGACUUGGUCUUGAUCGCUGAGCUCAUGACCAGAGUUCAAUGGAGAGAAAAUGGCGUUGACGAUGCAGAGUUCAAGGGCUUCCACUCUGUUUUAAGUGUAUUGAGUUACAUGCUCAAGGCCCCUCUCACUCCUCCUGGUACUCCUGUCGUCAAUGCUUUGAGCAAGCAGAGAAAUGCUUUGGUCAACAUCUUCCGUGCUUGCGUUGGCCUUGAGCCUGAGAACGACAUGACACUUGAGCACAAGUUGUUCUGA